GCUGCUGCAGUGCCUUCCAAUACUUUAAUCAGUAACUUUUAAGUAGUUCUGAUGCAUCACCAUUGUGUCUUACCAAACCAAUUGUUGGUAUUUGAAACAUCCAUUUUGUUUUACCAAACCAGUUUUUGGUAAUGUAAACCUCAAUUUGUAGAUACCAAUCGUGAUCAGUGGAUUACUCCUAGAUAGUAGCUAAGCUUAAGGUCCGCCCCAUGUCCCACCCAAUUUUUUGCGCAUGCGCAAGGACUGAUCCUGCACGAGUCAGUAGUCACGAGGGCCAGCAAGCAAUUAAGCAGGGUGAAUAUUUGGCAGCUGCAUCUUUAUCCCGAGGCCAUAUCUCCACUGUACAAAUGUCAUUCAGUUCAGGACAGGGGCUUCUUUCACCUCUAGGCCAACGCGGACGUUACGUGAGUACCUCCACACCGCACUCCCCCGGCACUCCAUGGUUCCCAUCUCGUUCUGCAACGCCUGUUUCCUCAACGGACGAAUCUUGUUCUUUGUCUCAACUCACAGGCCUCAGCGGCCAGGCUAGUGGCUCGAGUUUCACUACGCCUCUCAUUGCAGGCAGAAGUCCAGUGUGGCGGUACUUUGUUAAACAAGAAGACAAAGAAAAGGACACGACUGUAGCUAUAUGUAACGUGCCAAAGCCUGAACUUGGUGGUCAGAUUUGUGGAGAGAGAAAAGGUACUCAUAUUAACACAUUAAAGAGUCAUUUAAGAAAUAGUCAUCCAAGCAUUUAUAAUGCUGUAAUGGCUGAAGAAACGGCAAAUAAGAAGAAGCGACAAGAAAGGAAGGUGUUAGAUGCAAUUCGACCAUCUGAUAAAAAAAAGAAAAGAUGGAGCAUUGAUAUGAACACCUUAUUUGUGCCGGAUUCAGUAAAAUACAAUGAAUAUGAUAAGUCACAGAAGUUGAUAGAUAACACUGUAGCUGUCUUUGUUGGUGCAACUAAUGUACCUUAUAGCAUCACCUCUAAUGUACAUUUUCAGAGAAUGAUACGUGCAUUGGACUUCAGAUAUCGUAUUCCUGGGCGCACUCGUUUAAUGUCACUAAUUGAUGAUAUCGUAGCAACAAUGAAAUCGCAAAUUCAGCUUUCUAUGGCUACUGCCAGAAAAAUUAAUUUCUGCGCCGAUAUAUGGUCCAAAAAAGGAUUGACGUCUUCGUAUCUGGGUUUGACGGCUCAUUUUUACUGUCCCGUUACUUUUAAAAUUAAACAUGCCACUCUGGCAGUUAGGGAAUUGCCUCAUCCACAUACAGGUGACGCCAUAUGCAAUCUCACGUAUCAAAUAAUUGAGGAAUGGCAGAUACCUUCUUCGAAGAUACAAUAUAUAAUCACUGAUAAUGGCAGUAAUAUGGUUAAAGCCUUCAAAUCGGAUGUUGCUGCGUCUAAGCAUCAAAAUAUUCGUGAUUUUACUGCAGAGGUUGAGCUAGAGGUGGAACAUAAUGAGGAUGAAGAGGAGGAGGAGGAAGAGGAGGAGUUAGGAGAUGAUCGAGACAAAGAAGUGGCAGAUUUCGAUAGCCACGAAGCAAGGCAUGGAAGUGUUUUUAGACAACAAGGGCUACAAAGAUUAAGUUGCUUUAGCCACACCCUGCAACUUGUGGUUUCGUCAUUUAACAAAGACAGUGCAUCUAAAGAACUACUUUCCACAGCAUAUAAAGUUGUGCAACAAGUAUCACAGUCUGGGAAGGUGACAGAGGCACUGAUAUCUGCAGCUGGCAAGAAAUUAGUUUCACGCAGUGUCACGAGGUGGACCAGUGCGUAUUUAGUCAUUGAUAGACUAUUAGAAGUAAAGGAGCCUCUGAAGAUUGUACUUUUAAAUCAUAAUUUAACAAUGCUUCAGCCGCAGGACUGGGAAGUUCUUAAGAAUGUGAGAACCCUCCUUUAUAAAUUUGCCAACUACACAAAUGUAGUAGGAGGUGAGCAAUAUACAACUUUGUCUCUAGUUAUACCUUACUACAUUGAAUUGCAACAUCAUCUAAAAGACAUGAUGAAGAUAGAUAAAUUGCAAUCUGUAUCAAAAAUAAUGGCACUUGAACUGGAAAGACGUUUUUCUAACUUACUUGACCCGGCCCAUGAAAAUCAUAACUCACUGUACAUGGUGGCAACGUUACUUGAUCCACGCUUUAAGAACCUUUUAGAAAAGGAACAUAUUGCGUAUGCCCGAAAAGAAUGCAUAAAGCUUCUUUGCAAUGGAGAUUAUGAAUCUGACAGUAAAAAUGCUGCUAGUAGUUCUCAACCUGUUCCUUCAGUCCUUGAAGCUUCUGAGAGUGAUGAUGAACCUGCUAAUAAACAGUUUCGAUAUGUAUUUGAUAUAAUGGAUAAGAAAGCUACUGAAAAAAAAGAGGUAGCUAAGAGGCAACCUAAUUUACCAGAGCUGCAGCUCGAUUCUUAUAUACACACUACUGCUAGGACCAGGUACGAUCCUGACAGUGAUCCGAUAUUGUUUUGGAUUCAGUCUAAAGAGUCCUACACAUUCUUGGCCCCAUUUGCUAUUGAUAUCCUUGCUGCUCCUUCUUCAUCUGCUCCUGUAGAGCGUACAUUUUCUACAGCUGGCAUUGCUACUUCUGGUCGCAGAAAUCGACUUGCAAAAGAUAACUUAGAAAAAGAAGUUCUUCUAAAAAAGAAUGAGGAAUACUACAUGAAGAUCUAUUUGUCAGAUAAGACUUCAGUCUGAAACUCUGCGAUUUACUUGUUAUUUUGUCCUGGAAUAAGAUUGAUAAUUAUAACUUUUGAGUUUUGUGCAAAUAAUAAUUAUAAAUACUGAAUUUAAAAAUAAUUCUCAGGUACUGUAAUUGGUGGGGCAGUCCCUCAGUCUGCUGAGGCUCAGCUAAUGUUACCAUUACCAAAAG